AAUUGCUCAUUAUACAAAAAAAUACUUAGAUUACUAAUAUAGUGACGGACAACUUACGAGAUACAAAGUAGGCGCAAAAGUGUAACUUUCUUGACCGUUUCAGAUAAAUUGUACAAAAAUUGCCCACCGCUUAAAAACCUAGUAACGAAAAUUCCUGUCAGUUCGUCAAAAUGUCAACAUCUCCGGUAACGUUCUCGCCUUAGAAAAUCCAAUGACAGCCCCCUUUCUAGGCCCCCCUCUUACGCCUAUGCCAUUUCGAAAGCCCCUUCCUCCCCUUACAACCAUAUUUCUGCUACCAUCACGAAGUAUGCUGCAAAGAGGGCUGCUGCAGCCGUUACGAAUACAAAUAUUUUCAGUCAUGGCAUUUCUGGUACAAAAUUUACGUAGUGUACUGAAAUCUCAGGUAAAUACGACUAACUUUUCACAAUUUUCGUUGUACAGGCUAGGAAUUCUCGUUUUUCUGUUGUUGUAUCGCUACAUUUGUUGGUACUGCAAGAGAAAAGAAAGGAACAAUGCCAGACAGAACGAAGAUGAUGGGAAUUCGCAUGUAGUGAACCUAAUGGUGUCGUAUAAUAAUCGUAGCGAGUGUACGCCCAAAGACGACGAUGAGAGUUCUGACCCCCCUCCACUGUACAAUGUUGCUAUUCAUUUACCCAAACCGUCGAAUACUGAUGAGGUCCCAACGUACGAACAAGCACUCGCACACCAAUGAACUACAGUUUAGUUUUUUGUUUUUAUUUUUUUACACCAUAACCAACAAUUUCGUGUAAAUUUGUGUUUUUAAAACCUAAAAUGAUGUCUCCUUUUA